UGCCAACACGGCAUCUCUACCCUGGGUAAGACGUCUACUAAAGACCUGUCUCUCCUCCUUCCUUCCACUUCACUCUAUCCCCUCGUAUCUCCCUACGCGAGUGCCUGCGGUCGGCCUCGACUUUCUCGCUGUCCAUUUCCUUCGUCGCUCGUUCCCUCACCCACAUUCGUUCUACUACACUGCCCGCAGCCAACAUGCUGUUACUCUCGCUCCUCUACCCACUGGUCUUGCUGGUCAGCUCUGCCUCUGCUCUGCUGACCACCGGUGCACCUGGCGCCGUUGGUACACGCUAUGAGAUUCGUCAGCUGGCCAGCAGCUACCCCCGACAGUACACCCUCUUCCUGCUCGCCAUGCAGCAGUUCGAGGCCCUGCCGCAGAGCCAGCAGAACUCCUACUACCAGAUCAGCGGCAUCCACGGCGUUCCCCGCGUGUCCUUCGAUGGCGUCAAUCAGUGCAGUUCUUGCACCAACGCAGACGGCUACUGCACUCACAGCUCCAUCCUCUUCCUUGCAUGGCAUCGUCCCUACCUGGCCUUGUUCGAGCAGAGAAUCGUCGCCAUCGCAAAGAACAUCGCCUCCCAAUACCCUGAUUCCACCAAGGCAGCCUAUCAAGCCGCUGCAACCUCUUUGAGGCUACCGUAUUGGGACUGGGCUGCACGCCCACCCAACGGCGGCAAUGCCCUUUCCAAUCAGUUGAGCCAGCCCUCCGUCCAGGUUGAUAGCCCCACGGGUGUCCGGACCAUCAACAACCCCUUGUAUCAGUACACUUUCUCCAAUUCAAAGAACCUCGUCUACUCGCCCUUUACUACCUGGCCGAAAACCUUACGAUACCCUACUUCCAACGCCGCUUCCGCCGACAGUAACCAGGGAAGAGCUGUGGCCGCGUUCAACAACAUUCGUGCGAGUUUGCAAGAUCGAUUAUACCAGCUCUUCUCCACCUGCACCACGUAUAGCGAGGUUGGCCAGGACGCGCAAUCCUCUGCCAGAUGCUCCACCAGCCUCGAGCAGCUGCACAAUACCAUUCACACCACCGCUGGAGGACCGGCAACGACGAAUCCCAAUGUCUCGGGUGGUCACAUGACCUAUCUCUCCAGCUCGGCUUUUGAUCCCCUCUUUUGGCUCCAUCAUGCCAACGUGGACCGCCUGUUUGCCAUGUGGCAGGCAAUCUAUCCAAACAGCUAUGGUGCAUCGGGAUCCAGUGGGAUGGUCAGCUGGUCAAUCCCGGCCGGCGUGACCGUCAAUGCCAACACACCUCUGUAUCCCUUCCGCAGGACCACGAACGCCUUCUGGACCACCAAUGACGUCCGCAGCACCAGGACCUUCCGCUACACCUACCCCGAGUUUGUCAAUAGCGACGGCAGUGCCGGAGCAAUCCGUUCCUAUGUCAAUGCUCUGUAUGGACCUGGUGCCACCCGCACGGCCGGCUCGAGCAAGCGCACCGCGGCACCCGAGCCCAUUGUUGGUGACAUUCUCGAUUCCACCCCGCUCAAAGCCGCGAAUGGCAGCUUGUUCCAGUACGUCGCGAACAUCAACACCCCUCGCUUGGCCCUGAACGGCUCCUACAACAUCUAUCUCUUCAACGGCGAGCCCACUUCUUCGAAUCCCGCCGAUUUCGUCUUGGACCCCAACCUCAUCGGACCAAUGGGCGUCCUCGCCAUGGACAUGGAUGCCGAAAACAUCAUGACGGCCGGAUCCAUCCCAUUGACCCGCACGCUCACGGACGCAGUCAGCGCAGGCCAGCUGUCCGACCUGACGCCCCUCUCGGUCGUCCCGUAUCUGGCCAAAACCCUGCAAUGGAUCAUUGUGGGCCCGGCCGGCGACGUGGUGGAUCAGAGUAACCUUCCCGGCUUCGACCUAAGCGUCUACUCAUCGACUGCAACUCCUGUCACUGGCGAUUUGUUGCCGACGUGGUCUCAGUUCAUCCCGUUGGACGACGUUACGGAGGAACGGACGGACGGGGAGACGACUUCGAGUGCCACUUCUUCGAGUACGACUUCGAAUGCACGAUCUACGUCCACAACCGCCUCUGGCGCGAGCACAACAAGGCGUGCAAGCAGCACGGGUACUAGAACCACCGCAUCGCCCUCUACGACCGGUUCCUCGGUCCGAAGAAGGCAGCCAAUGCGCGUCUAAGUGGAGCUGUCGUCCGAGUAUUGUUACUACUCAUGUCAUGUUGAAAAUGUAUCAAAAAUAGAUUCGAUUAGACCAACAAUACAAUGUAUGAAUUACAAG